UCCAAUCAUAUCUGCGAGGAAGCAUUUUAACUUCACUUUGGAAAAGUAAUACUGAUUCCGGAAUGGAUUAUAUAUAAAUAUGUUCCACGAUAGAUGCAAAAAUAUCAACUGCUCGUUGUGUUACAACCAUUGCAAAAGUCGUCGCAGGAAGUAGAUACAUUGAACUGUUUUUUGAGUGGAUAAGCCUUUUCGUUGAUCUUCACAUUUCAGUUUAACAAGGAUGAUGCAGUUCCUGUUCACGAUUGCUUGCCUGGUAGUAUGCGUUCUAUGUAAUACAUACAGACCGCCAUCUUACGGCGCGACUAAAGAUGGCGGCGAAGUCAACACUGGCUUCAGUGAUGAAGGCAGUCGUUUAUCUGGACGUGGAUUUAGACGGGGGUCUGGCUUCUCAGGACUGGUGUCCGGGCGUAGAGCAGGGUCCGUAUUUGAUGGUGUGGCGUCUGGGCGAAGGGGCGGGACUGUAUUUGACGGUGUGGUGUCUGGGCGAAGGGGCGGGGCUGUAUUUGACGGUGUGGUGUCCGGGCGUAGGGGCGGGGCUAUAUUUGACGGCGUAGUAUCAAGGAAACUGGAAAAGGCUGUAUUUGGUGGCCAGAGAAGAGGUAUCGGUUUUGACGACUCCGUUUCGGGAAGAGGAGUCGGUUCAGGCAUUGGCGGUCGUUUUGGCGGAAGGGGAGUAGGUAUCAGAGGAAACGAUAAGGUUGUGACCGGACGCUGGGAACAAGGGCGUAGCAGAUGGUCAGACAGGAGUGACGAUAGAUGGAUGGAAAGCAGAAGACGUCAACAGUCAAACAAUGGUGGAGUACCGAUUCGGCCAAUCGGACCAGCAAAAUUAUACAAUUGAUAUAUAGAAGAAGAAUGUCCUAGAAACGUGCCCCGUAUUUAUUCUUUUAAUUAGUAUAUGUAUACCGUUAAUAUAUGAUACAUUAUUAAAAGAAAUACUCACAAGUUUGUUAAAUAAAUAUUCAUGUUAGAUAUAUUUCUUGAAAUUGGUGUUAUCAAUAUAAAUUUUAUCUAAGUAGAUUUGAAAAGUUAACCAUAAUCUUGAAUAUAGUUCUAAUUAUUUAUGAACAGCUCAGUUUAUCAAUACAAACAACGAAGAUAUUACAAAAUGAAUCCAUGUAC